AUGAAGUUCCGGGCCCCGCGUGAAGUGGGGCUGUGCUUGCGGGGACGACACAUUAAAGGGAGGUACACCACUGUGAACAGAUACAACCUGCAUAGCACCGUUUGUUAUGAACGUCCGUGGAUAGUAUCGCACUUGUAUGGGUCAAGCAACCUUUUUUCACACUGCAACUCUGCUCAUGUAAAAGGGUCUCCCUUGUCCUGCUUCCUCAACGAGCAGGAGUUGCAAGCAGUACGGAGCAAGCGAAUCACGUUUUGUAGCAAAUUUGAGGAGAGAGUGAAGGUUGUGUUGAAGCCGGUGAAGGAGAGCAGUGUAUCUGCUACUGGGCAGUCUGCCACGGGGGAGUCUCCCUCCGGUGUGCCCACCUCCGUUGAAUGUGGCACGGAGCAGCGCGCAACGCAGUUCCUCUCCCUGCAGAGGUACCACCAACUGGCCAGGCACAAACACAGUUACGUGUACGACUUUGAAAUCACCAGCAUUGGGCAAUUGAGCGAGUAUGAACCAGGAGAGUUGGUCAACGUGUAUUUCCACAACGGAGAGGCAUUGGGGGUAGGACUUGUGAACAGGAAGAGUAACCUAGUGGUCCGGAUCAUAGACCGAGAUGUGCGAAAAAGUAUUAACGACCAUUUUUUUAUAAUUAAAUUGUAUGAAAGUGUAAAAAGAAGAUUUCAUUUUUUAUACAAAGAUGUACAUUUGUGCAACUGGAUGUAUUCUUUACGGGUUCGAAACGGGAUCAAUCUGUAUUGCAAAAUGGUUAGCUCCACAAGUGAUGGCUUGCCGGGGUUAGUGGUUUACUCGCUAGGAAAAGACCUGUACAUCAGAUACGAUAAUCUGUGUAUUCAAAGAUUCAGGGGUAUCGUUGAGCAGGAAUUGGAAGCGAUGUUCUCUCCUCAGAACAUGUUUUGUAAAAGGAUUGUGAGUAAAAAGGAGAAGAGAGCUCAGCAGGGGAAGGAGUACACGUUUGAAGCGAUUAAGGGGGACCACUCCGACGUGCACCCCAGCGAAGCCCAACCGUGUGACGUCCAGCACUGCGAACAUGGACUCACCUUCUACAAUAACAUGUGUGAUACAACCUAUGUCCCUUUUCACGUGGAGAACAAACGAGAUCGACUCUUCUUACGGUCCAUCUCUAACGGUGAAAACGUUUUGUGUGUGAAUGGCAACGUUGGCGAGUACAUCAUCAGCUGUGCAUCUGUUGCGGAGGCUGCUUCCAAUUCGAGGGACGCACCUGGCGUGUCCAUCCUCCUGUCGGAGUGCGCCAAGAAUGCAAAUUACGUUGACCAGAAUGUCAAGCGGAACGGCUGCGGGCAAGUCAUGUGCCUCUACCGGGAAGACAUCCUGGACGAGCUGAAUAACAUGCUUAUGAACAACCUGAGAUUCGAGUUAAUCAUUUUCAACAUAAAGAGUAACAUCGUCUUUAGAAGCAACUCGUACACGAGUCUGUACGGGAAGAGGUAUGCGGCCUCCUUCAAGGGGGUGCACAAGCAUUUGGUGUGCCUCGCAGACCUGCUGCAGGAGGGCGGCCUCCUAUUCGUGACGGCCGAACUGUCGGCACGGGACUACCACCAAUUCUUAAACAUUGUCAAAUGUGUGUUUGAGCGGAAGAAGCGCACUCUCUCCAUUGUGUACGAGAAUGCCUGCAGUGUGGAGGACAGCAUUCUCUGCAACGACCAAACGACCUGGUACCUGCGAUCCAUUGGGCAAAUAAAGGUUUACCCAAUAGGAGGAAAAAUGGACAGCCCGGAGUUCCUCAAAAUUGAGCUGGAGAGAGUGAAGAGCGACUAUGAAAAUGAAUUGUCCGUGGACCAUGUAAUGCCAAAGACCCAGUUCGACUACGCGUGCAUGCUAAUCUGCUCGUCGGACCUAAAGAACAUCCAGCUGGCCUCAUCCCUGCUGCACGAGCUGCUACUUAUAAACUACAACCGAAUCGACUGUCUGUACCAGCUAGCCAUCGCGCACAUGAAAUUGAGGGACUAUAAAAAGGCAAAGAACUACCUAAAUGCGUUACUCAAAAUGGAUGCCAGAAAUAGCAAUGCGCUGGCCCUGAAAAGUCUUCUGUUCGACUUAAUCUCGUCGGACGGACUCAUCGGCGCACUGCUCGUGGCCCUCACCGCUUGUGGCAUUUACUUGUCCUUCAAAUCGUUUAAAUUUUUUUAA